CUGCCGGUCGUCGUACGUGCAUACAUGUUAACCCGGCUUGUCUUUAAGUUUAACGAAUUCUGCUGUUUUUAUUUACCUUUUCGUUCUGAUUGUGAGAAUUGCCUGAGACGCAAAUAACGAGUACUAACAGACUGCGGGGAUUUGCGCUUGUUGUUGUGUUUUUGAGUAAAUUUUGACUGCUGGCGAAUUUUGCAAAAAUAUAUUUUCUUCUACAGGUGGAACGAGGUAGGGUCGAGGAUCUUCGUACGAGAAAUCAAAUGCGAUAAUCAAUCUCGAGUGGCAUUGCUAUCAGAGGAUUUCUGUCCGUAUCUUUUUUUUAUACGUGUUAAUAAAAAAAUACUAAUUUUUAUAACGACAAUUUUAACGUUCAUUACUUAGUUACUCAAGUGUACGGUACUCUACUAUCUUAUUCAACCGGUUUUCGAUAGAAAAAUUCUUUAGUGACGAUUGAGAAUACUAUCGGUUACACAAGUGUGAAUUCGUGUACAUGGUGAUAUUUUUGUGAUUUGUGCUUAUAGACUUUUAUAAAAUGAUGCAGUGGUACGGAAAGUCACUGUUGGUGUUAUUGGUUCGUGAAUCAGUUGGCUAGUGUUAAACACUGUACAGUUUCAUUAAUAUAAAUAUUUUACAUUAUCGAUUGACAAUGAGAAUGAUACAAAUGAAAGGUGCCAGCAUGAAUUUCACUGAGGAAUCUGAUUCUAGACAGAUGAACGGUCAUACUACGCACCGCGCGAAUGCAUAGACUGAAUGAAAAGACGACACUGCGUACGCCGUUGAAGAAUACCAGAUCAAGAUUCCUAUCCGGGCCACCUUGACACCGAAAUGCAAAUGAUACCGAAAGGCACUUGGAUCAUACGGAGGUAUCCUCGAGCACCAGGAUAACCGAGGAUUCGCCAGGCGCGACCACGGGGUCCGCAAUCAUAGCCAUGGACUCGGCCGGAAGCAGCGGGUCCCGUGGCGGAACGUCAGGGGACUCAUCGUGCGGCCUUGUCAGUUCCUUAUUCCCCAGUAGCUGUCGAGGACGGGCGGAGGCAUUCGCCCGUCGACUUCAUCACCGGUUAACGUCGCUUGGCGGUGAUCAGGAUUCAGAAAGUCAUGAAAGUCCCGGUAGAAAUCUCGGUAAAGCUUCGGAAACAUCGUGGCUUCAACCUGCUCAUGGUGGAUCUUCAAACAAACCAAAUCACGUGCACGAACGACAACCAAGACAAAGUUCAGACUCCGACCUAUAUUUUGAUUUUGACAUAGACAUCGACGACGACGUUCCAGGAUCGCCCGCUGAAGAAGCCACGGACGCCGAGCUUGCUGAACUACUCGUAAAUCCUAAAACACUUAAAGAUAAUCAUCACGAGGCCUGCCAUUGCUCCUCCAAUAUCAGAACACCGAUGGAACCUCAACAUCAGGAUUCCGAGUCUGGCUGUGUUUUCUCAUCGCCCGCCACUGGAACGUCGCCUGAUAGUGAUUCUGAAGUCUAUUUUGAUCCUGAAUCAUCAGAGACCGAUAAAAAUACUACAAAUGGAUUCUUCGAUCCUAUCACGGCUUCGGACAGCGACACUUCAAAUUUUUCAAAUGGUGAACUCGCAGCUAAGAUUUCAACACACAGGCGCUCUUCACCCAGGCCGGAAGAGAAGUGUCGUGACAUUGAUCAGGAGACUUCCGAAUCAAGUGAGUCUGUUGAUAACGACAAGAGACUCAUAGACAAGGUCGAUAAGGAUUCUAUUAAAAAUAUAAUCUGUAGCUCAUGCGAAGAUUCUCUCAAUGGUAAAAGCUCUCUAGAUACAACGUCGCCGAGUCAUGAGUCAUUAUGGAGCACUUUUGACGAUAGCACUUUAUCAUUACAGGACGACAGUCCUUCCAGGAUCAGUAAUAUUAAUAGUGUAUCUUUGAGACCACAACAUGUUCCUAAGUCGCAUUCCGAUUCUGAGAUACCACUCAAUAGGUACAGAAUAGAUGGUGGGCCUAGAAAAGACCCCUUCGUCGAGGUUGAUGAAGUCGAUUUUCAUAACCGUAUCGGUAACGGCCAAAAACCGAGUAACGAUACUGAUAAUGUAAGCGGCGUUAUUAAACACGAAGACUUGCAAGAGAUGGCCAAGAAGGAUGAACAAGUUUGCGAGUCCUUGGCUAACCUUAAGGACAUCAUCACCACGAAUCUUCAGGUACCACAUACCGAUGACCCUGGAACGAGCGAUACCGAUACCGAUCACUCCACUUACAGUAGCACCAUCAAUAUACCUGGUGCUCUCACUUUGGAGUAUCCUUCGGGUACGCGAGUUCAGUGUAGUGACACUGUGAAAAAUGAGGUCAAACUGCAAAUCAAAGAUGGCGAGGUGCUCAACGGUACCGAAGAAUCCAAGAUGAUACAGUUGCUGAAGAGACUCGGUACCUCACCCAAUCCAGAUGAGGAUAAUAACGAUAUAUGCAAAGAGGAUAAAGAUUUGGAGGAUGACUAUGAUCGACCUCAGCGAGUGAGAAGGUGCUCAUCCUUGAAAACAGGAAAGACACCGCCUGGUACACCUGGUCACAAGAAAAUUGUCAGAUUUGCCGACGUCCUGGGUCUUGAUCUGGCCGACGUAAGGACGUUCCUGGACGAGAUACCCAAGAUACCGAAUUCGGCGUACUCCGACCUGAUCUACGACGACACCCUGCUCAAGGAACCAGUCAAGAACAGUAUGUGGACGUCGUGCUACCAGGAACCACAUAGGGGUACCUCGGUUAAAAACAAAUCCGAUCGCACCUUGGUCACACUUUUCCAACAACCCGGUGGCCUCCCGAAUUUUCUGGACCUGGUGCGCGAGCGUCAGGUCUGUCUUGAGAACGUCGUUGUCCAGGACCCUACGAACCUCUGUCUCCAGGGUACCGUACGCGUGCGUAACCUUGAUUUUCACAAAUCCGUGCAUAUUCGUUACACCCUCAACUCCUGGUUGAACUUCAGUGACCUUCAGGCGACCUACGUGCCUAACUCCUGCGACGGCUUUAGCGACAAGUUCGCUUUUAUCCUAUACUGUCAUACACUUAAGAUCGGUCAGCGAUUGGAAUUCGCGGUUAGAUUCCAGUGCAAGGGUGCUCAGUAUUGGGACAACAAUGGCGGCGUCAAUUAUUGUUUUCAAUGUCUACCCAUCGCGCCUAACGUUGGUUACAUACCGAUUACCAAUGCCGAGUCUAAUGAUGCUGAUUGGUCCCCAACGUUUUACUGAUCUGUGUCUCGUGGAUAUUCGUUGGGCUGAUCAAUGUUUUUUCUUCUUUGGCACUUAGAAAAAAACCCGGUUGUAUCCAUCUUACGUGGUUUGACCUUAUUGUUCUGUUUAUUUCCAUCUUGAGAACGUGAACCGUUAUCGUGACGUUGUUCAAUUCAUAUUCGCAACGUGCUACCACCAAAAAAGAUUAAUUUUAUUAAAUGGACCGUUUGAACUUUUAAAUAACUGAUUUUAAUUUAGGCUUGUUUGCGUAUCGAUUUUAAAUUAAUCGCUUUGAAUUCUGCGACCGGUUACGUUUCCACGGUUAUCAUCGUUCUGUGAUGAAAAUUAAUUAUAAAACUAAUCAAUUUGUACAUUUUAUCUAUUUCUUGUCAAAUUUGUUGGACCUCUUUUUUAAGAAGAUCCUACGACUUCCUAUUAUGAUUGAAAACGAUCGAUUUACUUAACUACAAUAACAGACUGAAUGCAGAACCUUUUAAUGACUGUUAACGAGCACCUUGUUGUUGAACUGCGCUGAAAAUAAAUAUUACAUGGCAACGUAAAAAAUAAAUAUUUUUUAUCGAUUAGUGAUCUAUGUACUACCUAUGGCGAUCGGUUAAGUAUUCGAUCGCAACUUUCAAUGAAAAACUUGUCCAGCGUAAAUUUUCGCGAAAAUCGAAAUGAUAUAUGAUAUAUAUAUAUUUUUUCCAUAUAUAUACAUAUAUAUAUAUAGAUAUAUAUAUAUAUAUGUCAGCCAUACUAGUUAUAACAUAUAUAUGAUAUAUAUUAUAUACACACCCGUACAGUAUAUAUUAAUUCUAUCUUUCGUUAUAGAGAUAGAUUAAAAAAGAAAAUGGGUAAUGAAGAUAAUUGAGUGAACCAAAAUGUUAUAAUGAAAAGAUGAGCUAUAUGUAGAUCUAUUUACAGAUUUCUAUUCUGCUUGAGGAUCGAGUCAAUGACUGUUACACUGUAUCGUUAAGCGCUGAUUCACGAUUACUAUAAGGAUCAUGACGAUGAUACCAGUGAGAGACAGUCGUGAUAUAAAUUUGAAAAUGUGAUCCUUACCGUGAGAAAAUAAAAACUAAUUAUUGAUACACGCUCGCAGUUAAAGUAUACGAUUUUUUUUAUAUGCAUUACCAUUCGCUCACUCUUCUCGUAUCUAGUCAUUUAGAGAUUUCAAGAAAAAAGGAUUAAGCUAGUCUCUAAAAAGAAAAGGCGUCUCGUUUAUCCUUAAAUCCUCAAUGUCUGUCUUUACACGGUAAGCACCACGUGGUUGAUGAGAAAAAUCGGCUGUGAAAAGAUAUUAAGAAAGUAAGCAGAAAAUAAAAAUCGGUGCGAGUCCCGUCCGAUGAUUGGAGCACCGGUGCACCGAUUGAUUGAAGUGACCCGCAAAAAAAAUUCGAUUAUUUUAUCAAUUCGUAUAAUUAAUAUAACCAUAGCAGUUAGAUGAUAUUUUGACUUUUAUUGUUUUCAUUGUAACUUGCUGUUUUUUAAAUUUAGAAUUUUAUAGCUAUUUCACAAAAAGGAAUAUACUCCUCCCCCUCCCUAGAUAGUCCUCCCUCUCGUUUUGUCGCCGGUUAUCCCGUAAAAUGUCCUUUUUCCUUCUAUAAUUUUCUUUCGGUUUCCCUUAACGUGUAAGUAAAUUAAGGAUAGACUAUUUUCUAUGAAAUAAGAAAAAAAAAAAGAUAAUUUUCUCUCCUUAUCUAGCCCUUGGUCGAUUCUCUUUUGUCCAUUACUUUCUCUAGCUGUCUGUUCUUUUCUCAAAAGAUUUGAUAGACUGUCGCACAUGUAUUUUAGACGUUUCGCGCAAUGUGUAUAAGAUAACGAUUAACGAGAAUUGGUAUUCUGAAUGAAAGAAAGAAAAAAGAAAAAUAGGGAUUAAUAAUGAAUGUCAAAGAAAACGGUGAAGAACAAAACUACGAAUAACAAUGUACCUGAAGUCCAACAAUAGUUUCUAUCCGAUCCGAGAAAAAUCGAGUCGCGCAAGAUGGUCCCGCAAAUGUUAAAAAAUAAUUAAAAAAUGUCUCCCCCGAUUGUAAAAAAAGUGGAGAUUAUAAUAAAAAUAACUACGUGAAAAUACAUGUCAUCUUAAUUAUAAAAAAAGAAAUCUGCUUGACGUUUGUUAUUUACUUAGAUAACGGGGGUACCUAACGGUCUAAUGAAUAGAUAAUGAAAAAUAUUUUUAAAAAACAACCGUGACAAUACUGCCAAAGAUCACACACACUGACUGACCUUUUGACUUUAUAUUUUUCGUAUGUCUCCCGUUAUUAAAUCCGUUAUUAAAAACUUAUUGUACGAGCGUCAUGUACGGAAGGCUGAUAACGAUAAUAAAUGAAAAAGAUCAAUUUAUUUUUGUUUUUCAUUCGGCUACUACGAAUCUGUCAUAUAAAUUUCGUCGAUUUAUCAAUCGACUUAUCUUUUGGUAAAAUAAUGGAUGAAAAUAGAGAAAGAAAGAAUGACCGAUCGGUGCAAUAGUACCUUUAAGAAUCCGUUAAUCACUUCUCUACAUAUGGAUCGAAUACGGCGAGAACGUGAACGAACAAAACAUGAAUUGUAAAUAUUACACAAAAUAUCGACACACAGAGUCACAUAUGUAUUUAAAGUGGAUAUGUAACAUGUGUGCAUACACAAUAUUUAGGUAUGCGAAGAGAAUAGAACGUAUAUGUAUAACGAGUAUAUAUGUAAUGUAAAAGCACAGAAGCAAUAAAUUUGUAAUUCAUAUAUAUAAAAUAUACAUAUAUAAUAACUAUAUAUAUGUAUAUAGUGUAUAUGUACAUAUAUAUUACGAUCAUAAAAUGAGAAUACAUAAACUAACCUAGAGUCAGCUAAUGACUUAACGAUUAUUGUCAAGAUCAAUUAAAAAAAAACAGUUUAUUGUUUUACAUAA